AAGUGCUGAAAUUGGUUAUGGCCGUAUAAGUGCGUAUAAGCGGAAACCGCGUUGUGCAAAGUGAAGUGCUGGAACGCGUACAACGUGCGUGAACGUGCGGAGUUUGGUACUUUUGGCAGGUUACGAUCGACCGAUCGCUCGUCCGUCGACCGACUCGCCGACGGGGACCGACACGGAGGCCGGAUAUCACGGUGCGCGAAAUCGCGACAGGUGUCCCGAGCCCGUGGACCAGUGGCACGAGGAAGGAGACCCGACGACGACGAGGACGCGCGCGCGUGCGAGCGAGAGCAAGAGCAAGAGCGUGAGCGAAAGAAAACGACGACGACGACCGAGGCCGAGGGAGUGACACGCGACGUGGUGCGUGCCGUGCGUGGUGGCCGUGGUGGUGCGUCCGACCGCCCGCUCGCCCAUCCCUACAUCCCGUACGCGCGGCACGGUUACGGCACAGGACCCACGGAACCCGCAGGACCCAGAGAACGCGCGACGCACGUACGGCGUCGGGGACGCGCGCGCGCACCCACACACACAGGCACGCGGGCAGAAACGCAAACGCAGUUCGGAGGAGCUUGGCUGAAAUUGCCAAAGUGUGGCUAAAAUUGCAAAAAAUGGUGAAUUGCUAUAUAUGUUGGAAAGAAUUCGAUCCUUCGUUUCCACGACAAUUUCACAGUUUUCCGAAAGAUGCAGAAAGGCGAGAAAAAUGGUUUGCUAGCAUUGGGUACACUAUCAGUGCUUACAAAAAUGCAAGAAUUUGCAGUGAUCAUUUUGCACAGAAAGAUUAUUAUUACUGUGGCACACCUGUACCAUGUAAAAGAUUAUACAAAACUGCAAUUCCAUCUAUUUUUAUGCAAAGAUCUCGUCAAAACAAAGAAAACUCAAGCAAUAUAACAAACACACAAGACAAUCAAGAUUCAAUAAUGGAUAUCGAACAUGAUACUACUAAUGGUGACAAUAAUACUACAAACGGAGAAAACACAAGCAAUAUAACAAACACACAAGACAGUCAAGACUUAAUAAUGGGUAUCGAACAUGAUACUAGUAAUGGUGACAAUAAUACUAGUAAUGGAGCAAUACUUUCAAAAAGAAAUAGCAGUGGGAAAAGAAAACGAUGUAAUAUUGACGAAGUUGAAAAGGUUUUCGUCAAAACUGGUAAACAUAAUGUAGAAUGUUUAAAAAAAACAGAGUUCACUAGUAAUGCUUGGAUAACAUUUAUAAAAUAUCUACGAUAUAAUAGAUAUUUAAACAAAGUGUCUGUUGCACGAAAGUCAAAAUUAGAAAAAAAAUUAAUAUCGCUGCAAUCUAUGACACAAAUGUUGAAAGCUAAAAAUUUGGUAACAGAAGAUGUUGCAAAUGCCCUGAAGGUUAGUAAUUAAUAAUGCUUUGAAAUUGCAGAUUUUUAUGUAUUUCGUAAUUAACAAAUAACUUAAAAUACUUGUAAAUUAUAUUUUAGUUAACAGUAAUUGUUACGAAUAUAAAAAUAUAACAUAAAAAUGUGCAGUCCAUAUUGAUAUUUGUACAGAAGUCAUUUAAUAGAUUGCCAACCAGCAAGUAUUAUACUUAAGUAUUUGUUAAUAUAAGCACUGCUGAGAUUAAAAUUGUAUUUAGGACGGCAGUGCUGAAAUUAAAAUUGUAUUUAGGA